GCUGGCGUUCCACUAAACCCUCACACACCCCAGAACAAGUCAAGAGCAGAGUGGAAGACAAAGACAAAUCAGGCCAGAUCAAACUACCUUUUAGAACACACAGGUAGAAUCCAAGACACACAGAGCUCCAACAGCAAGACUGGGAUUUUAAUUUAAAGUACAAUGUCACAAUUCAGCACCCUUUCAACGCGUGAGAGGAAGAUGCAGGCCGCCGCACUUUGCCACGAGGUGCAGGGCGGAUCCAACGGUUUUACUAUGGAUCUCGGAAAGAAACUUUCCACUCCCAAAGACAUUAUGCUGGAGGAGCUCUCUCUCAUGUCGAACCGAGGAUCACGUCUUUUCAAGAUGCGACAAAGGAGAUCGGAGAAAUACACGUUUGAAAGUAUUCAGAAUGAGGCCAAUACUAUGUUUAAUAAUGAAAAUCAGGGUAAUGCUGAAAAUGCAGGAAUUCCAUCAAAAACACCACCAAACACACCAGAUCCCAGAAAUGCAGCAAAUCCUGAGGACAUUGCACCUGGAUAUGGAGGCCCCUUGACAAACAUUCCUCCAGAGAGAUUCAAUGCCACAGCCAUGCCCAAAUCUUACCACUCCCCCUGGGAAGAGGCUAUCAUCAAUGACCCCACACUGGCCGACACUUUCAAACUUCAAAUGCCUGUGCUUGAGCCUAAACAUGAGCGUCCUGACUACAAAAGCUUUAAUAGGGUGGCUACACCAUUUGGUGGUUUUGAUAAAGCCCCGCGAGGAAUAACUUUUAAGCUUCCAGAGGUGGACUUGAAUGCCCCGAGAUAUCCAGAGCUCCAGGAUCAUACAGCCAAGCGGCCUACUUUCAACAGGACCGCCCAGGGGUGGAUCUCUGAAGGCCUGCCUGUCAUUUUACCUACUCUCUCUCUAGAGCCUUUUGAGAUUCCAGAGUCUGAAGACCUGUAACAUAUUCAACCCUUUCAUGUCCCCUAAACCAACCUUCCUGACUGCAAUAGGAAUUUAGAUGUCAUUCAGAGCUUCUGAUUUUAGACCAGCUUUGUAAAAAGUAUUUAGAACUGAAUUUAGGACUGCUGGUCUUUGAACAGCUUUUUUACAUAUCAUUUUAGAGUGUUCGAGUUUUGUUUAAUAAAAUCACAAUGUAAUGUCUAGACAAUUGAGUACCGCAGAGAUGACGUAUUUUUGUAUGCAGACCCCAGAAGCAAGUUUAAAGGUGUCCUGAAUUGGCCGUUUUUAUUAUUUUAUACUGUUGUCUAUGGGGUCUACUUAUGGCGUUCGCGUGGUUUUUACUUUCUAAAACAUCAAAAUAAAUUUUUUGGCCUUGGGUUUUAUCGGGUUUUUAUGGGCUUUUGCACAUAUGACACGGGGCUAGCCGCUCUCCAGGGUUGCCAGAUCUUCACAGACAAAAUAAGAAAAUAAAGACAAGACAAAAACAAACCUUAAAAUGCAAAUUGUUUAUAUAUUUUAUAGACCAAAAAUUCUUAAAAUAUGCAACAGACCAUUUAUUAAGACCUAAGUGCCGAGGCUUUUUGAUCUAAGACCAUACAACAUGCAUUAAAACUCUUUAUUAAUAAAAAACAUGGCAACACAGCAAAAGAGCGCUGUGUGAUGUAGUCUUCCGAGCAUAAACACAACACAGCGCAUAUCAGCAGUUUAGUUUAAACUGACGGACAAAACGAAUAUUUAGCCAAUAUGUCGCUAUGGGUACCAGUUUGUCAAUCAUCACAAAUGCGGGAGUGUGUAUGUGUGGCUAAAGCAAGGGGCAAUCUUCCGGUCUCUCUCGUCUCGUGAAACCAAUACGGAAGUGACUAAAACUGCAAUUCAUCGACUGGCCGCUAGAGGCUGUGUCAAAAACAGAGCAGAAUCUCAUUGAGCCCCAUGUUAAAAUGGCCAACUUUACAGCACAAAAAAACAUGUUUAAAGCCUGGUACAAAAAAUUAUUUUGGUCUAUAGGCCUAUAGGUAAUUUUACCCUUCAUGACAACUGUGAGGAGGAUGAUUUUUUUAUAACUCACCCGUUUAACUUAUAUUAAGCCUUAAAAUUCUGCAGAAUAGUUGCGUGGCCACUUGAGUGACAAGUAGAUUCAGCCAACCGGGCGCCUCAGCUCCAACCACGUCCCGCCUCUUUGCCCAUUUACGAUUAUCCGGGAGUGACGCGCAAUGACGUGAGGCCAAGAUGGCGACGACCGGCUCCUCCUACUUUAGGCUUCAUUUUUACUCUUCACAAACCUACGGGUGACGUCACGGACACUACGUCCAUAUUUUACACAGUCUAUGGGCUAAAGUCAUUUUCGAACCAGUGGGCGGGGCUAGAGAAGUAGUCGUUGAUAUUUUUCUGUGGAGGCGGUGUUCAACAUAUCUAGAUAGGGCACCAGUUAUAACCCGCUUGUGAUUUUUUAAACCUUUAUUGUGUCUUUAAAAUGGCGGUUGCUAACAAGUUGCUAAAAACGACUAUUGGUGGAUAGAUUAAUUAGAUGUAAUCGCGCAUAUAAAUCUCACAAAUAAUGUCUAAAAUUAUUGUUGGGGAUUCAUUCACGGAGUAAUUACUGGAAACACGUUUUUAAUAAAGUUUGAGAAAGUUGUACGAGGAUUGGUGGUGGUGACGUUGAUAUCGAGCGACCAUAGUGUAGUCUGGUUAUAGCCUCGUGUUUUUUUACUUCUGCCGAUUGUAUUUAGGCCUCAAAAAUAGCAAAUAUUGUUAACCUACAAAAAUACGUCAUCUCUGAGCCACUCCAUACGGGCUGCAUGGAGAAUAAUACAUUGUUGAUUAGCAUCAAAAGCAAAAAAAUUGCUUUUCAACAGUGUACCUCUAUCAGCACAAAAUGCAUUUUGUCAGACUUGUAUUAAAAACCAUAAGCAUCAUCAUUGUUUAAAGCAGACAGUGAAUUUUACUAACACACUGUGAAAUUUAAUCAGUACAGUGGGGCAUAAUAAGUCCUAAAGGUUUUUGUGUAUUAAGUAUUCAUACCAAUAUAGUGUAAAAUUAAAAUCAGUACAUUUUAAAACAGUGAAAAGAUUUCCUGUCAGUAAAUUUUAAAAUCAAAUUGAUCAGGGAUGGAGCAACAGUGGAAACAACCAUGUAAAUAUAUUUUGUGUUAGUGCCUAAAAAUUGUUAUUUCAGAUUUUUGGUGAAAUGUAUUUCUGUCUUGGGGUGAUGUUUAACAUGAUAGUUACACUUUGCUUGUAUUGUAGUUCUAAACAGUGAUGUACAGGACCUGUACAAAUAAAAUUCAUAUUUAU